AUGGCUUCGAAGCCCGAUGACGAUGGCUUCCCAGCGCCUCAUAUCCCCCGUUCCGAAGUCCCCGGUCCACCAAGUAUCAUCUCCUCUCGAAUGACGGAUAUUGCAAGCGAUGAUGGGGGCGACUCAGAGGCGCAUCGACAGAGGAUGAGUCUGCCACGGAGCGCGGAUGUGGCCUCGAGACCUGGAACAGCCCGGACCGGAGCAUCAUCAAGGGGAGCAUGGCCAGGCCAACUCGGAGGGAGGAAGACAUACGUUUCCGGAGUUCAGGCCAAGAGGGGGAGCAUUGCGAGUUCGACUGCAGGAUCCACAAGCCAAGCUCCAAGCUUGUCGACUCGAAGCCAUGUCCCUUCACUUACGUCGCAUGCCUUUUUCCGACCCAUGAGUUCGCAGAAAUUACAGGCGCAGAGAGGAGGAUCACACCGCCCGCCAACCAUGAGCCAGCAGACACCAGGCUCGCCGACUUCACCGACUUCACCAACAUCGCCAGUCCUGGAUGACCACGGCGCCGAAGCAGGCGGCAGCCAAGCCAGGCAAAGCAUUAUUUCGAACCCGAUCGCUCAGUUGCAGCGCCCGACUAGCGACGACGAGAACAUGCGACCCCCGCCAUCUCGUGGCACCGAAAUGACGGAACAGGAAACUCUGGACCGGAUCACGGCAAACACGAGCCCAAGCCAUGGCCAUUACCCAGCCGGAAGUCUGACGGAUAGUGUCCGUCCUCUUCAAGGCAAGCAUUCCGCAGACCAAGGCCAUUUUCAACACAGCAUUGUUAUCGACAAGAGCUACAAGGACCUAUCAAACCUUCCGAGCCCUAUCAAGUCUCCGCGAUCAUUUCGCUCUAGUUUCCUUAUGCCUGGUCGAAGCGAGCAAGGACAACAAGGCCAGAACCGCAGCACCGAAGGAGCCGAGAAGCUAUCGUCCUCUGCAUCAUCACCACAGCUUCGGCCUGUGGAUUCCCAAGGACCACGCCAUCCGCGGGUGCCUUCUAAGCCCAGCCAGAAAUCCGACCUCGGCCGGGUUCACCAGUAUUUUGAGGGUAACACGGUAUUCUGCCUAGGUGGGCGGUGGCAGAACACCAAGGAACGCCCGGUCAAUAUUGCGACAGGCUUCUUUGUCGUGAUUCCCUGCGCCCUGUUCUUUGGGUUUGAGGCACCGUGGCUGUGGAAGAAUAUUUCGCCCGCCAUUCCAAUCAUCUUCGCUUAUCUGGCCUAUAUUUGUUUCUCCUCCUUUAUUCAUGCCUCUGUCUCGGACCCAGGGAUUCUUCCACGAAACCUUCACCAAUUUCCGCCUGUUGAUGACAACGAUGACCCUCUCCAGCUCAGCCCCCCUACAACGGACUGGGCGUUAAUCAAGUCAGCUGAAUCAGCGACUGCUGCAAUGGAAGUUCCGGUUAAGCACUGUCGGACGUGUAACAUUUGGCGACCUCCGCGAGCCCACCACUGUCGCUUGUGCGACAACUGUGUCGAGACUCAUGAUCACCACUGCGUGUGGCUCAACAACUGCGUCGGAAAACGCAACUACCGAUAUUUCUUCACUUUUGUCUCAUCAGCCACCAUUCUCUCAGCCUACCUCAUUGGUACCAGCCUUGCCCAGAUCCUCAUCUACAAGAAUAGAGAAGGCAUCUCAUUUGGCAAGGCGAUCGACCACUUUCGAGUUCCUUUUGCGCUAGUCUUUCUCGGAUUCAUCUGUUUUCUAUAUCCAGCAGCCUUGAUGGGAUACCACAUCUUCUUAAUGGCCCGAGGCGAGACGACAAGAGAGUACAUGAACUCUCACAAGUUUAUCAAAAAGGAGCGAUUCAGGGCGUUUUCACAGGCCAACAUCAUCAAGAACUUUAUCGUUGUCUUGUGCCGGCCCCGACAACCGACCUAUUAUCGGUUCAAGGCGCACUAUCAAGAGGGCGACCAGCGGCUUGGUAUCCGCAGGGAUAAGCGACCCAGGUCGAGCUCGCAGGGACUGGAGAUGCACAGCGUCAAGCCUGCAGCACAAAGCUUUCAGGGUCCAGUUUCAUUGAGGAACGAAAACAACAACCAAUAG